GAGCGGCGCUGGGCUCGGGCUCCGGCUCCGCGGGCGGAAGAGGCGGCGGCGGCGGCAGAAGCGGCGGCGGCGGCGGCGGGAGCCGAGGAGGAGGUUCCGGACGCUGCUUAGGAACCGGGGACUCAGGAGUGCCCGCGCCCUGAGCGCUCAGCUCCAGAGGCGGUGAGAGGGGCGGAGAGGAGACAUGUCGCGGGGAAGGGGCAGAUUUGGGGGUCUAGGCUUGGAGGGGCAACGAUCUGGGACACCGGGGGCCAGACGGGGAGUGUGGGGACCCCGGACGAGUCCACUUUGUGUCAGGCCUCACGGGGUCCGUCCCUCGGUCGGUGCGUCCCGAGCGCCGAGCGUGUGCUGGAGGCGGCGUGGCUCCGGCCAGCCCGUUCCACGCUGAACGGCAGUUUGGGAGUCGGACCGGGGCCUGUGGAUUAGGAUGCAGCCUGCUUCCCGCCCAGCCGGCUCGGCCAGGCCAGCGCCCGCCCCUCCCUCCCCGCUCAGGCUUCGGACUCGCCUCCGCUGGCGGUCUCCCGGCCCAGCCCUGUCUCGGUUCCGCGGGCGGCUGGUACCAUGUGCCCUCACCCCCAGCUCACUGCACCUGGGGAAGAGGUGGGCUUGGCGGAAAGCUUGUCCAGAGGGAAGGAGGAGCUGGGGGUGUAGAGAAGUGAUGUAUAUCUAACGUAAAAACCCUUAUUAAUUUCAUAUAAUCCGUGUCAAAACUGACAGGGAAACACGCACACCUAUAAGGCACGCCAGCACACACAGUGACACACACCCAUGUGACUUAUACACAUAGUCUAGCACACUCCAAAUCACAAACGUCCCUGGACUACGCAUCCGGCCGCCCACCACACCCCCACUCUGUGGGGUGGGGCAUCCCAUGAGGAGUCUUCUGAACUGCGGGCUCCAAGUCAUCAGUCCGACAGGACAGCUGAGUGGACAGAAAGGGCCACUGUCCCCAAAUCCAUCCUGAUUUUCUGGCAGCUUUUCCCAGCCCCAUGGUUUCAAAUUGUUCCUCUUUAAAACUGUGGGGAAAGAUGGGAGAAAAUCUUGGUCUCAUUCCUCUAAAACAAGGAGACAGGAUUUUGCAGACUAAUGAGGGUAGGGGCUUCUGGUGGCUUCUCUUCCUGGGUCCAGUUAGGGCUUAGCGUGCUGGGAGUGGCUAGUUUCUGGGUAAGAGUGGCCAAGGGAUGGAGGAGGAGGGGGUGGAAGAAACGGAGACGAAAAAGAAUGGGUAUGAGUCAGCCAAGAAUGGAACCCAAGUCAGAGAGAGAAUGAGAGGAAUGUGUGUGAGAAGCAGACAGACAUCUCCAGAGAGGUCCAGAGAUAGUCAGGGAACCAGGGAGAGGGAGGAAGUGAGAGAAAGAGAUGGUCAGAGAAGUGCAAAGAGUGUUUGAGAGUGCACUAAACAAAUUAGGGAGGAUGAAGGUUGGGGGAGACCACUGGGAGUUAGGGAAAGCGGUAUGUGUGUCUGGGCCCCAGGCUGUCAGAGCGAUUAGCUUUAAUUGCUCUUCCCUUUGUGGUUAAAUACUCCAUUGGGGAAAUUGCCAGUGAUGCCCUAGGCUGCAGGCUUCCCUGGUUGCCUACUUCCUCAAUUCCGUUCCCAUCAUGUGUGGAUGUAUUAUCAUGCAUGAAGAGGGUCACAGAAUCACAGAGCGCCUCACUCUCUCACACAGAUCCUCACGCACAAUGUCAUGAUGGAUAUCUUCACCAGCUGGUAGGCAGCCAACCACUGAAUCUCCAAGCCACUCCCACCAAACUUACUCUGUCUUUUGUAGCAGGGAUGCUCACCCCUUCCUAAUUGCAGCUCCGAAUAUUCAGAUGGGGACAGUGAAGCACAGAUCUCAGGAGUCCUAAGUAUUCAUGGCUACCACUAAGUUGGAUAGUCAUGGCUGAGUACGGGACCCUCCUGCAAGACCUGACCAACAACAUCACCCUUGAAGAUCUAGAACAGCUCAAGUCGGCCUGCAAGGAAGACAUCCCCAGCGAAAAGAGUGAGGAGAUCACUACUGGCAGUGCCUGGUUUAGCUUCCUGGAGAGCCACAACAAGCUGGACAAAGACAACCUCUCCUACAUUGAGCAUAUCUUUGAGAUCUCCCGCCGUCCUGACCUACUCACUAUGGUGGUUGACUACAGAACCCGUGUGCUGAAGAUCUCUGAGGAGGAUGAGCUGGACACCAAGCUAACCCGUAUCCCCAGUGCCAAGAAGUACAAAGACAUUAUCCGGCAGCCCUCUGAGGAAGAGAUCAUCAAAUUGGCUCCCCCACCGAAGAAGGCCUGAGCAAGGGGGAGGAAGAGGAGGAAGGUUGGACCUUCAUCAGACCACUCCCUUCCCCCAUCCUCCAGGAGAGGGGGCAAGGGCAACCCACCAUCUACCCACUUACUAACCUGGUCCUAACCCCCUUAUUGUGCGCGUGUGUGUGCGUGUGCGCACGCUCUGGCUGUUUGUCUAUAUGUCUAGCUCAUCUAGUUCCUCUUCUUAAGGGGAUGGGGGUCAGGGGCUAGGGGAGGGGGCUGAGUUUCCCCACUUUAGGAGGAGGUGGGGGCUAUUUCUAUGCAAAUAGAAAUCAGCACAUUCCUCCUACUUCCCUUUCCUCCACUCCCCCCAUAUCUUUAAAGUGUGGAAGCAGAAAGGACCUGCAUUUUCCUACAUUGAGGAGCUGACAUAGGGGUAAGGUAUGGGAGAGGUAGGUGAAUCCAGGGAAAAGCAGUGGGGAGGGAAGGCAAAGAGACCACUCAUCCCCCACCUGGAAGGGGCAAAGAAAAGCCAGAGUUCCAUGUUUGUACUCCUGUGCUGGACUAGCUGUUUCCUGAGUACCAGCAGGUCCCUUUUUGCCUCUCAUGGGCCUAGCAUAGGUAUGAGCCAGGGAUCCUUUCCUGGUCCCUAAGAUCAAACCCCAUGGAGCAGCCAGCAUUAGAUGCCCCCACCCACCUGUACUCUGGAGAGACUGUGCUGGGAACAUGUACCACUGAGCCUGAGAUGGGGAUGAGGGCAGAGAGAGGGGAGCCCCCUCUUCCACUCAGUUGUUCCUACUCAGACUGUUGCACUCUAAACCUAGGGAGGCUGAAGAAUGAGACCCUUAGGUUUUAACACGAAUCCUGACACCACCAUCUAUAGGGUCCCAACUUGGUUAUUGUAGGCAACCUUCCCUCUCUCCUUGGUGAAGAACAUCCCAAGCCAGAAAGAAGUUAACUACAGUGUUUUCCUUUGCACCGAUCCCCACCCCAAUUCAAUCCCGGAAGGCACUUAGGAAACCCUUCUUUACUAGAUAUCCUGGCCCCCUGGGCUUGUGAACACCUCCUAGCCACAUCACUACAGUACAGUGAGUGACCCCAGCCUCCUGCCUACCCCAAGAUGCCCCUCCCCACCCUGACCGUGCUAACUGUGUGUACAUAUAUAUUCUACAUAUAUGUAUAUUAAAACUGCACUGCCAUGUCUGCCCUUUUUUGUGGUGUCUAGCAUUAACUUAUUGUCUAGGCCAGAGCGGGGGUGGGAGGGGAAUGCCACAGUGAAGGGAGUGGCAGAAUCAAAUUGCUACAUAGUCCAAACAAAAAAGAAAGCUUUUUCAAAAAAACAUUAAAUUCACAUGCAGUCUCAGAGAUUAUUUAGACAAAGUUCAAGUUAGGAGCUUUUAGGAUGUGGGAGUAAAACUUUAAUGGGAGGGGAGGGCUGGCUGCUGGAAGAAGGAAGAAGCCAGACUGGUUAGACAGUACUCUUAACUCCUAGCCCAGCCUAGCGUGCCCUGCCCCUCUGGCCACUGCUGCAGACACCUGCCUUAACACACACACCUCUAGGACUCCACAGUUUUGCCUUAAAGGACCUUCCCAAGUCUCCCUUUCCCUGUCUGGCUUCUCCCUUAAGAAGAGAGAGAUACUUGUAGAAUUGGGUGGGGGGAAUGAGCAUGAACUGUCCUUCCAUUUGGGAUAUGUUACAUUAGAGUGAGAGAGAGAAUAAGGAGCCUUUCUUAUGGAAGAAAUGGGAGAAGAGAGACAGGGUUCUUUUCAGCAGAGUCUAGUAGUUUCUCUGUAAGGCAAAAUAAUCUAAAAAGACUAACCUGCCCACCCACUCCUUAUAUUGCUGUGAGAUUGCCCCUAUCUUGUGCUCUUCUGUCUGCAGUGUGCACGGCCUUGUUCUAACCCGGAAUAAAGGUGAUUGAUUGUAUUGCAA